AUGGCCGGCAACAUGUCUUCUUCGGCCCUGCUCGAGUACAGCCUGCACUACCAGCAAUGGUUCUCCGACUCGGACGUCUCCGGAGUCUCCUCGCCGGAGACCCUCUCCCCGGACUCGUCGCCGUCGCCUCUUCUUCCGAAAGCCGGCAAGCCGGGAUGUACGUCCCGACUCGAUGUGACCUUGCAGGGAAGGCCCAGGAGGGCGGUGAGGGUCCGGAGUAAGCAGCGGGAGAGCGCCAGUGAGAAAGAAAAGCUGAGGAUGAGGGACCUGACCAAGGCUCUGCACCACCUGAGGUCCUACUUGCCGCCCUCGGUGGCCCCCUCGGGCCAGACCCUCACCAAGAUUGAGACCCUGCGCCUCGCCAUCCGCUACAUCUCCUUCCUGUCGGCACAGCUCGGCGAUACUUCCUCUUCCUCCUCUUCUUCCUCUUCAUCGUAUUACUGCGCCAGCCCUCAGCAGGCACCUCAGACAUGUGCGAAGGCCUGUGAUUUUAUGAUCCCCGCUUGCUCGCACCUCAUGGCAGGAGCCGGGCCCUUUCCCACGGGACCCCGCCAGCCGAGGUGCGAGGCCCUCUCUCACGGGGGUCUUGGGGGUCCCCUAAAGGUGCAAGCUCGCACCUCCCGCCACAUAUAUAGAGCCAGCUUUCGCCGUCUGUGCUCACAAUUCCCUCGACUUUUGCUUCCUGCAGCAGAUCAUUGCUUCACUUCGAGAACGACAGACAUGGAGACUCAGUUCCAUCUCCACGAGACCCAGGGCACCUUCUCCUUGGAGUGCCUUAUGGAGAAGUCCUGCCUGGUCUACGACGUGCCAUCGGAUCCCGGCUAUUUCAGUGCAGGCCUGUCUCCCACCUCUUCCGAGGAUUCCUUCUCGCCAAACCUGCCGGACGCCUCGGACUGGUUCUUGCUCAGCAGUCCUUCUCCGGCUCCCGUCAAGAAGAGCCGGUCCAGGUACCCAGGCAAGAAGCGCCAGACGGCCAGCGAGCGGGAGAAGCUGAGGAUGAGAGACCUGACCAAGGCUCUCCACCACCUGAGGUCCUAUCUGCCUCCCUCGGUGGCGCCCCCGGGCCAGACCCUGACCAAGAUCGAGACCCUCCGCCUGGCCGUGCGCUACAUCUCCUUCCUGUCGGCCCAGCUGGGGCUCAGCGAGGAGGCGCUGGAGCAGAUGAGGAGACCUCCGGGGCAAGCGGCGCCACCGCAGACCCUCAGCCAGUUCUUGGGUGGCCAAGAUGGAUUCUGUGAGCAGAGCAGCGCCGUGCACAUGUUGGCCCCGCAGACUGGCUGUCAAGUAAGUUCACCUUCGCAAAGCACAAGACAAGGAAUUUAA